CCUCAGAGCAGCAGCAGCAGCGUUGCAACAUCUGGAGGUGCACGCUGCAUGAAGUGAGAAGAGGAGAAGUUCUGCCACUCUGUAAGUUUCCUCACGUGGAGAUCUUCCUCCUUCCUCACGGGAGCCAGCUUCUCCUCACACGCCUGCUCCUCUGCAGAAGCAAGAUGAUGUGCUCCAGCACGGCUCUCCAGGGGUUCUUCAUGGCGCUCUUCCUGCUCUGCUCGCCCGUGCCGCACCACGGCCGACCCGUUGAUGGCCUCAGCACCAGAAUGAGGCGCUCGGUGACGCACGCGCAGCUCAUGCACGACAAAGGUCGCACGCUGCAGGACUUCAAGCGCCGGAUGUGGCUGCAGGAGCUCCUGGACGAGGUCCACACGGCCGAGAUCCGAGACCUCCCGCCCGACUUGGACCCCGGCGCCCCCGUGCACUCCAAACCGCCUGGGGCCACCAAAAACCUGCCCCUGGGUGUGGAGAGGGCGGAGGAGGAGGAGGGCGGCGGCGGCACCAACCUGCCCCAGGAGACGUACAAAGACGGCGCCCUCAAGGCUCCCGGCAAAAGGAAGAAGAAAGGACGCUCGGGCAAGAGGCGGGACGGGGAGAAUAGGAAGAGGAGGGCGCGCUCGCUCCACGAAGCAGGAAGUGGUCUCCCGCUGGCGUGUUGGUCGCUCCUCCGGCACUUUUGAACGCUGUCUCUGACGACAAAGGAAGCGACGGACUCCUGAAGAGUUGGGAAAGACACCAGAAGAUAUUUAUUGUGUGUAAAGUCAUAGACUAGAUCUUUUUUUCCUUAUAAUUUAUUUGCUCUGUAUUUAUUUUCUAAAUGUAUAUUUUUCUACCAUCAUGCACUUUAGACAAACGUUAGCUCACCUUCUUCGCAUCCUCGUCCAAAGGUCACGUGGACGCCUCGUUUUGGUUUUGACACUUGCACUGAAGUCCCGCACAGAUUAAACAUU